AUGGCUGUUGAGUUGAAGGCCUUGGAAGACAAUGGUACAUGGAGCAUUGUUCCACUACCUCUUAAUUGUCAUGUUGUAGGUUGCAAAUGGAUAUACAAGGUGAAAGUAAAUGCUACAGGUGAAGUUGAGAGGUACAAAGCACGGGACCUAGAAGAAGAAGUUUACAUGGAACUGCCACAAGGGUAUUCUGUUCAGGGGGAGUAUCAGACAAGUUCAAAGUUGUUAGGCUUCACACAAUCAACAUCAGAUUAUUCUUUAUUUACCAUGAAGGCAAACAAUGGGAACUUUGUGGCAAUUUUAGUCUAUGUUGAUGAUAUUCUGAUAGGGAGUACCUCAGCUCAGGCAGCAUCUAAUGUCAAAGGAUUUUUGAGUUCACAAUUCAAACUCAAAGAUCUUGGUAAAGUCAAGUUUUUCUUGGGACUUGAAAUUGCUCAAUCUCCAGAAGGCAUAUCCAUAUGCCAAAGAAAAUAUACUCUGGAUUUUUUGGAAGAGCAUGGUCUGCUAGGAACCAAACUUGUAAGUACUCCCAUUGACUACAAUCAUAAGUUAUGCAAGACCAAGGGGGAGCAAAAACUGCAUGAUGCUACCAAAUACAGACAACUAGUCCAAAAAUUAUUAUAUUUAACCUUUACCAGGCUUGACAUCUCCUAUGCAGUGCAAGUUUUAUCCCAGUUCAUGGAUAAACCUAGCAGUGAACAUUUCAUGGUAGUUUACAGAGUUAUGAAAUAUCUUAAAAGGGCACCAAGCCAAGGUAUCCUAAUGAAGUCAAAGUCUGAUAUGAGAAUUUCAGCUUAUUCAGACAGUGAUUGGGCAAGAUGUCCUGACUCUCGAAAAUCAAUCACAGGUUUUGGUAUUUUCAUUGGAGAUUCUCUCAUGAGUUGGAAGUCAAAUAAGCAAACCGUAGUGGCUAGAAAGUCAGCAAAAGCAGAAUACAGGUCUAUGGCUUUAACCUGUUGUGAAAUUAUUUAG